AUGGAGAUUUUACAGGAUGACACGAUGAGAGAGCUCUACAAUGCAUCAUUAAAUAGAAGUGUAAGUUCCUUAAGAACAUUGAUCCAAAGAAACCCUCUCAUUUUGAGCAAAGUUUCAUUGUAUCCCUUCUCUAUAACACCAUUGCACAUAGCCUCUUUGCUUGGAAACUUCGAGUUUUGUCAGAUUCUUCUUGAUAUAGAUCCCAAUUUAGCAUCUGAAGUGAACUUAGAAGGACGUUGCCCUCUUCAUUUGGUUUCUGCAAAAAGGUACACUAAGAUUGUCAGAGCAAUAUUGUUGACAAAUUCAAAAACUUGCUUCAUAAGGGACAAAGAUGACAAGAUUCCAAUCCACUUUGCUGCAAUGAGAGGACGUGUGGAAGCCAUUAAGGAAUUGAAUAGUGUCAUGCCAGAAACAGAAAUCAUCAAGGUGAUGUUUGAGACUGAUGAUCAUGGUUCCAUUCUACACUUGUGUGUUCGCUAUAACCAUCUGGAGGCUUUGAAAAUCCUAGUAAAGUUAGUGAGAGGAAACCAUAGAUUACGAUUCUUAUCAGUCAAAGACAAAGAAGUUUAUGGUUUUCUUAAAUAUCGCUCUAAAGAACAAUCUCCAAAUUAUUUAACACCAUUGGACAGCUAUAAAUAA